AUUGGUACACGUUUUCACCAGCUCACAACUUGAGCGGGUGACCCUCGUGCAGAGAAUCAUGCAGGAUUCAACAUUCAGGCUCUAGACUCUAGUCUUGAACUUGAAAUUGAACUUGCACUUGGAAAGGCAGCUCAGGCCCAGGGCCAGGGUCGACUAGAAGGGACGGAAAAGGAGAGGGUCACCUGGCUGCUGGGCGCCUCUGCACGAGGUGGCACGAGGUUCUUCUCCGCGAAGUGCAGCCUAUAGCAACUCCUAAGAAAAAAGAUAGGGGCACAAUAAAACGCUGAAGCUUUGUGAUGCCUAAAUAGGCCACAACCACGUUGCGGUCGUGUGUUGCUCGAAAGACUCGCUUCCGCUUAUGUGACAUUAUAGCAUCUUUGCUUGUUCGCAUGCAACCAAGUUGGUGUUGUCCUGCUAGUAUUGCUUGGGGCGCAGGGAACCUUUCUUCUUGACACCAUGGCAACAGAAACUGCGACCUUCGAGAAUGUGUAUGAUUAUCUGGGGUUCAUUGGGGGAUUACUGUUUGCGGUGGGCUUCAUUCCUCAGCUAUAUAAGCAGGUCAAAACAAUGUCCUCACGAGACAUCAGCAUGCCUUGGCUGAUGGCGUACGUGUUGGCCUUGUCUGUCUAUGGGAUUUAUUUGAUAAGAAACAAACUUUGGCCCAUAUUGGGACCGGCUUGCCUGGAGUUUGUGCUGAUUUGGGCUUCCAUAAUCGUGAAGAUUAUUACGGACAAGCGGCAAGAGGAGGACAAAACUAGAACAGGGCAUCCAGUGGCGAAUGGUGUCAAUGCUUCAUGCUUAGAAUCGAAUAGGACAUUGCAGGGCGAUAGGUCAAACGAGAAGGAAUCCGAAGCCCAUUCCGUUGUCGAAUUGCAACGCGGCUCUCUAUGAUACGGUGUCUUGCUGGAUCCCUGAACCCUCGGAACAGAAUGGACAGAGCUCGCAAACCUGACCAACAUGUCUCAAAGUGACACACUUCAGAAAUGACGGCGCCCUUUACUUUCGGAUCGAACAGCCGUUGUACGACAUCUCUUGGGCCAUGCUGAACACAAUCCUCUCAAAUCUUAGCGCCACAACACGAUUGCGGCC